AUGGAGAGCGUAGCGACCGCGGCGUGCGCCGCGCUCUGCGUUGGAUGCCUCACCUACAUUACUUUGAUAGUUUGCCGCACUUUCGCGAGCAGCACAGGUGCCCACGGACCUGCAAAGCUCCCUGGACCUCGCGGCUGGCCAUUCGUUGGCUAUUUGCGCGCCAUCGAGAAACCCGACUGUGCCACGUACAGACAAUGGAGCGACGAUUAUAAAUCCGACAUACUGGGCGUGAAUAUGCUGGGGACCAACGUCGUCAUAGCGAACACACUCGAAGUUGCGAAUGAACUCUUGGAGACUCGAUCCGCCAUCUAUUCUGAUAGGUCGAGCACAGGCCUUACCAUGCUGAGAGAUCUUGUUGGAUUCUCCUGGAUGAUCGCACACGCGCGAUAUGAUUCGUACUGGCGCGACGCUAGAAAGAUGGCCUCUCAAGCGUUUCACUCGCAGGCCAUCGUGCGCUAUCGACCUGCGGAGAUGAAGGCGACGCUCAAGUUUCUCCUCAACCUCAUGGAUGCACCAGAUGACUUCCGGGGUUACAUCAAGUAG